AUGCAACAAUCACCAAACUCCCAGAGUCCCCACAACCAACCAACACCUUUAACUACCCUCCCCUUCAAUAAAAUAUCGCUCGGGGGACGAAACCCUUCAAAACCUCUAUGUCCACCCUACACAAUACCACAACAAUACCCACCUCGUCAACCCAACGAUCCAACAAGCACCACAUCCCCUCCUGCAGUCUAUAUAUACCCAUCAGCGAGCGCUGUCAAUCUGUUGGCCACGCCCACUUUCUAUAAUAAGGCAAAAACGAGAAGGGAUAGGGUAUUUCUCAUUGCUAAGAUCUCGUGUGUUGUUAACAUGCCACCAAAACCAUCUGCUAAAGGAGCCAAAAAAGCUGCGAAAUCGCAGAAAGUUCGCGGUAGCGAUAAGAAGCGGAAAUCUCGACGCAAGGAGUCGUAUUCUGCAUAUAUCUACCGUGUCCUGAAGCAAGUUCAUCCCGAUACAGGCAUUUCCUCGAAGGCAAUGUCGAUUAUGAAUUCGUUUGUGAAUGAUGUUUUCGAGCGUAUUGCUGCAGAGGCUAGUCGCUUGGCUCAGUAUAACAAGCGCUCGACGAUUUCGUCGCGUGAAAUCCAAACUGCCGUCCGACUUAUUCUGCCUGGUGAACUAGCGAAACAUGCUGUGUCGGAGGGAACCAAAGCUGUUACCAAAUAUACUAGCUCGAAGUAA